AUGUGGAAAGGGCCAUGGUAUGUACUCGAACUCAGAGUCUUGGAUCUCUCAAAGAAUAAUCUCACAGGUAUAAUCCCUUCUGUUGGAAACGCCAGAAAAUUGAUGACAUUUGAUUUGUCUGAUAAUAGAAUCAACGGCAACAUUCCAAAGGAGAUAGUAUUGUUUAAUCUCUCAUCGCUACAUACUGCAUCUCUGGCAAUAAGUAGCCUUUCUGGUCCUAUCUUGCUUGAUGAAAAGAAUGCUUUUUCAAAUCUCAAGAUGAUGCUCCGAUAUCUAUCUGUGGGUGCUAAUCCGUUGAAUGGCGUUCUACCUGGUGCUAUUGGGAAUCUUUCAUCUGUUAUCGAAAUAUUUGAUAUAGCAUAUGCACACAUCAAUGGCCUCAUACCCACAGGUAUAGGUAAUUUGACCUCUCUAACGACCCUAUAUUUGGAAAGCAACAACUUGAGGGGAAGUAUUCCUUCCGAGGUCGGCAAACUUAAACAACUUCAAGGUCUAAAUCUAUCUAAUAACAAUUUAGAUGGGCAUAUUCCACAAGAAGUAUGCCAGUUAUCUAAUUUGGUUGUGUUAGCUCUGGAUAACAACGAGCUCUCUGGAAUGAUUCCAUAG